CAGCACAGCAGCAGGAUGGUCCCUGCCAUCCCCAAAGCAGGUAGCGAGCUUUUCAAGCGCCUCACCCCGUCUUUGCUGCUAGAGGCGCAGCAAUGCUAUGAGGCUGAGCAGCAGCGGCAUCGCACUUGCAAAGAGAAAAACAUUGAGGAGGAAGACCAAGAUGGUCCUCAGCCGAACAGUGACCUGGAGGCUGGAAAACCCCUUCCAUUCAUAUAUGGAGACCCCCCACCUGACCUUCGCAACAUCCCCUUGGAAGAAAUAGACCCCUUCUAUCAGGCAAAGAAGACUUUCAUUGUGAUCAGUAAAGGAAACGUCAUCUACCGAUUUAAUACCGAUCCUGCGUUGUACCUGCUAAGCCCUCUGAACCCUCUGAGGAUCUUCGCCAUUAAGGUCCUCAUUCACUCUCUGUUUAGCUUGUUCAUCAUGGUCACAAUUUUGACCAACUGUGUCUUCAUGACCAUGAGUGACCCUCCAGCAUGGAGCAAGACAGUCGAAUAUGUGUUCACCGCCAUCUACACUUUUGAAGCUAUGGUCAAGGUUCUGUCUCGAGGCUUCUGUGUGGGUCCUUUUACUUUCCUGCGAGACCCUUGGAACUGGCUGGACUUCAUGGUCAUCAGCAUGGCAUAUCUGACAGAGUUUGUAGAUUUGGGAAACGUUUCUGCAUUGAGGACUUUCCGAGUCCUCCGGGCUCUGAAGACCAUCACAGUCAUUCCUGGCUUGAAGACUAUCGUUGGAGCUCUGAUCCAGUCUGUUAAGAAGUUAGCCGACGUCAUGAUCCUCACGGUCUUCUGCCUGAGCGUCUUUGCACUGAUCGCUCUUCAGCUCUUCAUGGGGAACCUGCGGCAGAAAUGUGUUUUAAUGCAGAGUGACCAAACCUUUAACCUCAGCGCCGGUAGCAACCAUAGUUACACCAUGAGCGAGGGAAGUUUUGAUUAUCAAGAGCACAUCAACAACCCUGCGAAUCACUAUUACCUUCCCGGUCAGGCUGAUGCGUUGUUGUGUGGCAACAGUUCCGAUGCUGGGGUCUGUCCGGAUGGUUAUGUCUGUCUGAAGGCAGGAAGGAACCCAAACUAUGGCUACACCAAUUACGACUCUUUCGGUUCAGCUUUCCUGGCCUCAUUCAGGCUGAUGACCCAGGAUUUCUGGGAGAAUCUCUUCCACCUGACACUGCGUGCAGCUGGUAAGGCCUACAUGGUUUUCUUUGUGGUGGUCAUAUUUCUGGGCUCCUUCUACCUGGUAAACCUCAUCCUGGCUGUGGUCGCGAUGGCCUACGCCGAGCAGAACCAGGCCACCCUGGAAGAAGCCAAACAAAAGGAGGAGGAGUACGCUCAGAUUCUAGAGGCUCUGAAGAUGAGGGAACAGGAGCUGACACCUCUGGCAAACCUUUCCUCACGUGUUUUCAGUGUGCAUUGUGUGUCUGUUUAGGAAGGUUCAACAGCACAAAUCCAUGGUGAACAACUGACAUCAAAAGAAGGUGCACACAGGCAUUCCACUCAUGAAGAAAUACAUAUUUCUACAAUAUUGAAAAGCUUUGGAAUAACACAAAUGCUUGUUUCAGAGUUUGAUGAAGACCAGCGACCAUGUUCUCCAUGCUGGUACCUGUUUGCUGAGGUCUUCCUGAGGUGGAACUGUUGUAGCUGCUGGCGAUGGAUCAAACAAAGACUUCUCAUUCUCGUCAUGGACCCUUUUUUUGACCUUGCCAUCACCACCUGCAUCAUCCUCAACACCGUCUUCAUGGCCAUGGAACACUACCCCAUGACGGAACAUUUCGAGGAGCUGCUCAGUGUUGGGAACCUGGUCUUCACAGGAAUAUUUACAGCUGAAAUGGUUCUCAAGCUUCUGGCCAUGGAUCCCUACUUCUACUUCCAGGUGGGCUGGAACAUAUUUGACUCCAUCAUUGUCACCAUGAGCCUGGUGGAACUUGGACUGGCAAACGUCCAAGGCCUGUCAGUCCUGCGCUCUUUCAGACUGAUGAGAGUGUUCAAGUUAGCCAAGUCCUGGCCCACACUCAACAUGUUGAUCAAGAUCAUUGGGAACUCAGUGGGUGCGCUUGGGAACCUGACACUGGUUCUCGCCAUCAUAGUCUUCAUCUUUGCCGUCGUUGGCAUGCAGCUUUUUGGGAAAAGCUACAAAGACUGCGUUUGUCGCAUCUCAGAGGACUGCGAGCUUCCCCGCUGGCACAUGAAUGACUUCUUCCACGCCUUCUUGAUCAUCUUCAGGGUGCUGUGUGGAGAGUGGAUCGAGACCAUGUGGGACUGCAUGGAGGUGGCUGGUCAGGCCAUGUGCCUGGUUGUCUUCAUGAUGGUCUUGGUCAUAGGGAACCUGGUGGUCCUCAAUCUGUUCCUGGCCUUGCUUUUGAGCUCCUUCAGUGGCGAUAAUCUUGUCACUGUAGAAGAAGAAGGGGAAAAUAACCUGCAGCUUGCAGUGAACCGGAUAAAUAGCUUUGUCUCAUGCCUGAAAUCCUGGGUGAUGGGUCUGCUGGAGCGUGUCUUCAGAUCCCGGAGGUUGGGCACUACAAACCAAGGCAAUAUGACGAGACCCCCGGAUGGACCAAAGACAAUGAACAACAAAGAGAACACUGAGUUUUUCGCAUUAAGCUCAGAUGUACUGGCCCUCGGAUGUCGUUCUGUUGACGGCCGUCUCGGAGAUGUGAAAGUCCCAAUAGCUGAAGCUGAGUCCGACUGUCAGUCUGAAUACAUGGAUGAAACGUCACAGGACGACGAGUCUUCAAUUUGCAGUUCCAUUCAGAAGCAGUGCGAGAAUCUGGAGGAUGAAGAUGAUGAUGGUGAUGAUGAAGGAACGGAGCCAGAGGACUGCUGCACUGAAGACUGCUACAAGGCCUGUCCUCCUCUGAACAUUGAUACGUCCAGAGGAGCUGGACAAUGGAUAUGGAGACUCAGGAGAACUUGCUUCGCAAUUGUGGAACACAACUACUUUGAGACUUUCAUCAUCUUCAUGAUCCUGCUGAGCAGUGGCGCUCUGGCCUUUGAAGAUAUCUACCUGGAUCAGAAACAGACCAUUAAAACGGUGCUGGAGUUCUCCGAUCAGGUCUUCACGUUUGUCUUUGUUGUUGAGAUGAUUCUGAAGUGGAUUGCGUUUGGACUGAAGACCUACUUUACAAACGCCUGGUGCUGGUUGGAUUUUCUCAUCGUAGAUGUCUCCCUCGUGUCACUGACCGCUAACCUUCUGGGGUACUCAGAACUGGGAGCUAUUAAGUCGCUGAGGACGCUGCGAGCGCUAAGACCUCUGAGGGCUCUUUCUCGCUUCGAAGGCAUGAAGGUGGUGGUCAAUGCCCUGGUGGGGGCCAUUCCUUCCAUUCUGAAUGUUCUGCUUGUGUGUCUCAUCUUCUGGCUGAUAUUCAGCAUCAUGGGAGUCAACUUAUUUGCCGGGAAGUUUUAUUACUGUUUCAAUGAGACGUCUGAAGAGAUGUUUCCAGCUGAAACCAUCUCUAACAAGUCAGAGUGUCGCCACCUGAUCGAGGAAAACUACACCGAUGUCCGCUGGAAGAAUGUCAAGAUUAACUUUGACAACGUUGGAAUGGGCUAUCUGUCUCUGCUGCAAGUGGCCACAUUCAAAGGCUGGAUGGAGAUCAUGUACGCUGCUGUGGAUUCCAGAGAGGUGGAGUUACAGCCAGAAUACGAGGCCAAUCUGUAUAUGUACUUGUACUUUGUCUGUUUCAUCAUUUUUGGAUCAUUUUUCACCCUCAACCUCUUCAUCGGAGUGAUCAUUGACAACUUCAACCAGCAGAAAGCAAAGUUAGGGGGAACAGACAUUUUUAUGACAGAAGAACAGAAGAAGUAUUACAACGCCAUGAAGAAACUGGGUUCCAAGAAGCCCCAAAAGCCAGUUCCUCGACCAGAGAAUCAACUUCAGGCCUUGGCCUUUGACCUGGUCACCACGCAGUUCUUCGACAUCUUCAUUAUGGUGUUAAUCUGCCUGAACAUGGUGACAAUGAUGGUGGAGACAGACGAGCAGAGUCAGGAGAAGGAGGAAAUCCUCUUUUGGCUCAACCUGAUCUUCAUCAUCUUCUUCACUUCUGAGUGUAUCCUGAAGCUGCUUGCGCUUCGUCGACACUACUUUUCGGUUGGGUGGAACGUUUUUGACUUUGUGGUGGUCAUCCUGUCCAUCGUUGGUCUGCUGCUUGCUGACCUCAUUGAGAAGUACUUUGUCUCACCCACGCUCUUCCGUGUCAUCCGCCUGGCGCGCAUCGGGAGGAUCCUUCGGCUCAUUCGUGGAGCCAAGGGUAUCCGCACUCUGCUUUUUGCCUUGAUGAUGUCGCUUCCUGCCCUUUUCAACAUCGGGCUCCUUCUUUUCCUGAUCAUGUUCAUCUUCUCCAUCUUUGGCAUGUCCAACUUUGCUUAUGUGAAGAAGGAGGGCAUGAUAGAUGACAUGUUCAACUUUGAGACGUUUGGAAACAGCAUGAUCUGUCUGUUCAUGAUCACCACAUCUGCUGGUUGGGACGGUCUCCUCAGUCCCAUCAUGAACCUGCCUCCGGACUGCGACCCCAACCACGAGAACCCUGGCACGUCAGUUAGAGGAAACUGCGGGAGUCCAGCUGUGGGUAUAGUCUUCUUCACAAGCUACAUCAUCAUGUCUUUUCUCGUUGUGGUCAACAUGUACAUCGCCAUCAUCCUGGAGAACUUUAACGUGGCCACUGAGGAGAGCAGUGACCCGCUGUGCGAGGAUGACUUUGAAAUGUUUUACGAGACAUGGGAAAAGUUUGACCCCGAUGCGUCACAGUUCAUCCAGUACAGCGAACUGUCCGACUUCUGUGACGCCUUGAAAGAUCCACUCCGCAUUCCUAAACCAAACACUGUCAAACUGAUCCAGAUGGAUCUUCCACUAGUUCCAGGAGAUCGGAUUCACUGCCUGGACCUCCUGCUGGCUCUCACUGCCGAGGUGCUUGGAGAUUCAGGACAGAUGGAUGCUCUGAAGACAAGUAUGGAGGAGAAGUUCAUGGCAAACAACCCAUCUAAGGUGUCGUACGAGCCCAUCAGUAGCACUCUGCGCCGGAAGCAGGAGGAGGUUUCUGCUACAGUGAUACAGCGAGCUUUCAGGAAGCAUCUUCUUCAGAGAACUCUCAAGCUUGCAUCGUGUAAAUACAGAGAGAAGAUAAUGGGGACGUCAAAUAAGCUGUCGACUGAAAAGGAAAGCCUUCUUGGUCGGAGAUUUCAAUUGUUUUAUGGAGACAACAGCUCAGGAUUUCAAUUCAACCCAGAUCAAGUAGAGCUUCAGAGCGAGUUAGUCUUGUAUUCAGCUCCGACCGCUCAGCCGAGAAGUUCACUGGCAGAAAGGAACCUGAAAGAGUCCCCACCAGUGACGUGGCCUUGUUAUCGCCGCGCAGACUCAGUGGAAGUCUGUGCUAGCAGGAUGGCGUGUCUGAUAAUCCGAAAAACGGUGCUGUCGUUUGCGUUUGUGAACCUUUUCCCCCUUUUGGUCUCGUCUCUCUACUUUCAUAUCGGAGAGACGGAGAAGAAAUGUUUCAUCGAGGAGAUUCCCGAUGAGACCAUGAUUAUCGGGAACUACCGUACACAUCUUUAUGACAAGCAAAGGGAGGAGUAUCUUCCUGCCACUCAGGGUUUUGGAAUGUUUGUGGAGGUCAAAGACCCUGAUGAUAAGGUGAUUCUGUCCCGGCAGUACGGUUCCGAGGGUCGGUUCACCUUCACGUCGCACACACCAGGCGAGCACCAGAUCUGUCUGCACUCCAACUCCACCAAGUUUGCCCUGUUUGCUGGGGGCAUGUUGAGGGUCCACCUUGACAUACAGGUUGGAGAACAUGCCAACAACUAUGCUGAGAUCGCUGCCAAAGAUAAACUGACCGAGCUGCAGCUGAGAGUGCGACAGCUGGUGGAACAAGUGGACCAGAUCCAGAAAGAGCAGAACUACCAAAGGUACCGUGAAGAGCGUUUCCGCCAGACCAGCGAGAGCACCAACCAACGUGUUUUGUGGUGGUCCAUCGUUCAGACCCUUAUCUUGGUGGCCAUUGGAAUCUGGCAGAUGAGACACUUAAAGAGCUUUUUUGAGGCGAAGAAGCUGAUGGAUCUUCCACUAGUUCCAGGAGAUCGGAUUCACUGCCUGGACCUCCUGCUGGCUCUCACUGCCGAGGUGCUUGGAGAUUCAGGACAGAUGGAUGCUCUGAAGACAAGUAUGGAGGAGAAGUUCAUGGCAAACAACCCAUCUAAGGUGUCGUACGAGCCCAUCAGUAGCACUCUGCGCCGGAAGCAGGAGGAGGUUUCUGCUACAGUGAUACAGCGAGCUUUCAGGAAGCAUCUUCUUCAGAGAACUCUCAAGCUUGCGUCGUGUAAAUACAGAGAGAAGAUAAUGGGGACGUCAAAUAAGCUGUCGACUGAACAAGACAACAGCUCAGGAUUUCAAUUCAACCCAGAUCAAGUAGAGCUUCAGAGCGAGUUAGUCUUGUAUUCAGCUCCGACCGCUCAGCCGAGAAGUUCACUGGCAGAAAGGAACCUGAAAGAGUCCGUUAUCUGAAGGCGCUUGAAGACACUUUGGUCUUUUGGUUGGCUGUAUCCUCUCAUAGCGCCUUUCUUUUACUGGCCUCGGUUUCUCUUGCAUUUAACACCAGUCAAAAGUUGAGACAAGCCUCUCAUUGAAUGCUUUUGGUUGGCUAUUUUCCCAGCAAAAAAUGCAGAAAAUAUUUUAAUAUUUUAGACUCGUCAAAAUAGACUCCUGUCACUCUGAUAACUGCGUUGCUCACAUUGUCACGAUGAGCUUCAAGAGGUCGUCACCUGAAAUGGUUUUCCAGCAGGUGACUUAAGAAUAAAAAAGACUAAGAAGGUUUGUCAAAACUUUUGACCGAGCAAAUAAGUGUAAGAGUUUUAUCUAUUGUUAAAAUUCUUGUUAAAAGUUUUCUUUUCUUUUUUUGCAUUUUAUGUGGGUUAAUCUCUUGAAAUACUGUAGUUUCCCUCCCUGCAAAUAAUAUUUCAUGAAUAGCCAUUUAGAAAAUCAACAAUGAAUCGGAAUAUGGUUUAAUAUGUGUGACGUAUUGACUUUCUUGGUUUUGUUUUUUCAUCUUGCCAUGCUUCUCUCUUUCUGUUAACUCUUGACAUGAAUUUACCAUAAACGCUGAAAUUUGAUUUCUUUUUGUUUCUUCAUAUUCAUGAAUUAAAGGGUCUGAUUAAUUCUUGCCUGCU